AAAACUAUCGGCGAGUGUUUGUCUGAGCGGACGAGGGGAGAGGAAGCCAAAGAAGUUCCCGCCGCCAUGGCCGUUACGGCGUCUGGAUUCAUCGCGAAAUUAGUUAUCUCCGUUCGUAUAGAUUUCUCUUUGGAUCCUGUCAAAUUCUCGUGCUUGAAACGUCACGUCUCUGCCUCAAAACCUCUGGUGGUUCGCUCCGUGGCCUUAUCGCCGCCGGCGAGAACCGUUGAGUCCCCGCCUGUCGGUUACCGGAAAAAUGUUGGGAUUUGUCUCGUUAGUCCGUGUAGAAAAAUUUUCACUGCAUCGAAGAUUCACGUUCCCGAUACAUGGCAGAUGCCUCAGGGUGGCGCUGAUGAAGGCGAAGAUCUGAGAAACGCUGCGUUCAGAGAGCUGAGAGAAGAAACUGGAGUUACCUCAGCGGAAUUCAUUGCGGAGAUACCAAAUUGGCUGACGUAUGAUUUUCCACGACAAGUGAAGGAUAAACUGAACCGGAAAUGGCGAACAAGUUACAAAGGCCAAGCUCAGAAAUGGUUUCUCUUCAAGUUCACGGGCAAGGAGGAAGAGAUAAAUCUCCUUGGAGAUGGUACUGCAAAACCAGAGUUUAAGGUUUGGUCGUGGAUGCUACCGGAACAAGUGGUUGAACAUGCUGUAUAUUUCAAGAGACCUGUCUACGAGCAUGUCAUAAAGCAUUUCAACCCUUAUUUUGUGGAUGAAGAGAAUGAUUCCUUCAACUCGUGUAAUGAUUGAGUGUAACACAAGAUUCAGCGUAGAUCAUACACAAGUUCUCUUGAACCCCAGUCAUAGAUGAAAAUGCUUGAAUCUCUUGAUGUUCAGACAUUGCAAAAAAAGACUGUAUUUAUGGAAUGCAAACGACUAUUCUAGAGUAACAAGAUAUUUGUGUUCUAAAUUUUACAGAAAUUUGACGUUAAUAUUCAAGUUUGAUUCGAUAUGAAGAGAUGUAUCAACAACAUUCUUAUCUCUCAGUUGUAUUUGUAUAAUAGAUUAAUAAACAAUGUUUCUGUUGUU